AGCAGCCGACCGUGGAGAUGCAGCUCCUGCCCCUCAGCCUCUUCCUAAGCCUGGCCUGGGCCCUGCAGGACCAGAGCCAGGUGCCCGUGCAGCCCGGCUUCCGGCCUGAGCAGGUGGAGGGGCACUGGCACACCAUCAAGCUCGCCGCCACCAACCGCACGGCCAUAGAAGAAGGUGGCUCCUACCGGUGCUACAUGUCCAGCAUCAGACUCCUGGAGAAUGGCGACCUGAAGGUCACCUACUUCCACAGACAGGAUGGCAGGUGCGUGGAGGACUUCUACAUCGCGGAGAAGACGGACAGCCCAGGCCGCUACACCUUCCAGUACAAAGGCAAGAAUUACCUCACAUUCGUGGCCACGUCUGACGACUUCGUCAUCAUGGACUGGAGAACCUCAGUGACAGCGGCCAGCUCAUCGUGGCCGAACUCCACAGUCGGGCGCCCUGGGCAGGGAGGCGGGGCAGGAGGCAUACAGGAAGUUCACGAAGAGCAGGGGCCUCAGCCAGGACAUCGAGGACCUCUCUGUGGACCCAUCCCGAUGCAGCUCCUCUGACCCAUAGCACACGUGGCCUCGCCCAGCUCCAGCCCUGGGGUGCCCCCCUGGACAGGCUGCCCCCCACACCUGUAUCCUGGCCUCCCCCAGGGGAGCAGCAGGGGUGAGGAGCACGAACCCCGUCACUCCCGCCUCUCCAGAGCCGGGGACGGGGGGAGCCAGGUCCUUCCAUGCCUCCCCCGGAGUUGAGGCUGCAGGGACUCAGCCCUUGGCCACCGGUGUCAGGGCUCUGGGUGCACGGACGAAGCCGGAUGGGGGCAGACCGAGGGAACGCCCCCAGGAGCCCUGCCCGGGAGCCGAGUGCUCCUGGCACCCAGGGCUGUCGAGCUGGGCUGGAGACUGGCAACCGGGCCUGUGGCUUCCCCAGGUCCUGCUCGCUGCCACCCAGAGCCCGCACUGCCGAGCCUCCACCUCUGCAUCUCUUGCCCCGCGCCCACCCCACCCCUGCAUUA